AUGCCUGUAUGGUGUCACAUGUUUGUACAAACCCUGACGGAGGGAGACCGACUUUGGUUUGACAGCCUCCCUCCGGGGGGAAUCGAUAGUUAUGAAGAGUUAAGCGAGAAGUUCCUCAGGAACUUUGGCCAGCAAAGAAAAGUGGUCAAGAAUCCAAAUGAGAUCCUCCACAUAAGGCAGAGGGACAGUGAGCGAAUAGACCAGUAUAUGGAGAGAUUCAUCAAGGAGAGCAUGAACAUCAAAGAUGUCCCGGAGGUCAUGAAGAUCAGCAGUUUCAUAAACGGGCUAAAGCAUGCACAGCUGUGUGAGAAACUGGGGGAGGAGUUCCCCCACUCGUUUGACAACCUUAUGGACAGGGUCAGAGCCUUUGUCAGAGGAAAAGACACGGUCAUCAAAGCCAAGGAGACGGACGUCACACCUCGAAGGAUCACCCCAGCUGCAAAGCCUCCUGACAAAGGUACACCUUACUCCAGAAAACCCGCUUUUGAUAGAAUGUUGCACGACAGAGCAAGGCCCUCAUAUUCCCCGUAUAGACCUCGAGGGAGAGGCCCCCCACCUUACUCUGAUCAUUUCACCCCUCUCACCAAGACCCCAAGUGAGAUACUGGCCACUGAGAGGGUAAAGAACUCCUUCCCGAGGCCACCACCCAUAAAGCCUGGGCCAAAGGCACAUCCUAACGAGUAUUGUGACUUCCACAAAGGUUUUGGGCAUAAAACCGAUGACUGUAUGUAUUUAAAGAGAGAAAUAGAGGCUGCAGUAAAGACGGGAAGGCUGGCCCACUUGGUUAAGGAAAUUAAGGAGGGGGGAGGGGACCGCAAGGGAAGAGAUGUAAGGGAGCCUGGGAGGGCAGAUGUUGAUAUGAUUAGAAGAAGGAAUGAAUUCGAUACCACCCGGAGUGUAAAAGCCAGGAUCCUGGGCUCCCCAGACUGCAUGAAAACUCCAAUCCUCAUGCCACACUUGGAGGAAAAUGAAGUGCAACGACUUCCCCUCAACGUCUCAGCCAUAAUAGCUGGCCACAAAGUGUCUCGAAUACACGUAGACGGAGGUCUGGUGUCGAAGUAA